ACAACUUCAAGCUGCUCUAAUUUCAUUCGGCGAGCGGACUCCGAAAGGGAGAGCCAGCGAUGGCUACGCUCGGGCAAGAACGACGUUACGGGCUGUCGUGCGGGAAAAACAAAAAAAACAACAACAACCACGGACCCAACAGGACGCUUUACCACGUCAAGCUCACCGACACCGCCUUUCGAGCUCUGGAGGCUUAUCAGAACAUCAAGGCUAAUAUAUCAAGUGAGCCGUCUGUCUGUUUCGAGGGGAGUCAAGGGUACAUCAAGUUACCAGCUGCCACAGCAGAGUCGCCCAAUGCGCUUCGCGUCUUCUCCUUCUACUUAUCCAGCGACUGCAAAGACCAGCCACAGGCUAGCUUCGACUGCAUCCAGCAAUAUGUUUCAAGUGACGGCCGCGAGCGGCUGGAAGCGCAAGGAGUCAUCCAGGACAAGAUCACAGUGUGUGCCACCGAGGACUCCUACCAGAUGACGCGUGAGAGGAUGUCUCAGGUGGAGAAGGACAGCUGGAGCCGCUCCGCCAUCGAGAUAAAACCCGGAGCCACACAUCCCAGUAAAAGCAUAAAGAGCCAUAAGAGGCCGCCCAUUGUGUCUACAUCGGACAGCGGCUUCUGGAAACCUCCUGUACUCAGCCGGUGGAGCAGCAGUUUGGCCUCGGCCCACCAAAAGCCCCUCUGGGAGCGCAUCAUUCACCUGCUAGCUCUCAAGACCUACAGGAAGCCGGAGCUUCUGCUGUGGCUGGAGAGAGAGCGGGUCUGUGCCAAGGACAAGGCAGAGCUUAGUGCCAUAUUGGAGGAGGUGGCAAAAGUGAACCCCAAAGACAGCAGCUAUCUCCUGAAAGACAACUUCUACAAGUACGUGCGGCGGGACUGGCCCAGCUACAGCGAGGAGGAGCGACAGCUCGUUACCAGGUUAUUGUCAAGGAAGUUGCAGCCUUAUAUGGCUGGCCAUUCGAGGAAUACUCAAGCCAAUGGAUCAAUCGUGAAGCAGUCCGAGGAUAGAGCACUACAUAACAGCUUGGCAAAGAACCCAGUGGUGAAACGCCCCAUGCCUACAGACUGUCUACAAGCACUAGCUACAAAGAGACAAAGAGAAAAUGAUCUCAAGACACAACAGCCGCCAGCUAUAAACAGACUCUUAAACAAUAAAGGAGCACCUGUCAUUGCACCUCCUAGUUUCCACACCAAACCUGAUUUCCAAGGGACUAAUAACACCAUAGGAGGCCACCAGCACAGCUCUCCUCUAGCACACAAAGUGUCGAGCACCUCUAACCUAUCAGAGACCGAUCAGCACAGAACCAAAGCGAUGAGCCACGAGCCACCUCAGGCCGACUUGGAAUGCACUCAGCCACAGAGGAAGAAGAAAUCCAAAAAGCACAAAGACAAGGAGCGGGAAAGGUUAAAAGACCACCAGGACAUAAUGUGGUCAGAGGACAGUGAGGACCUCAAGCACAACAAGGACAAACUUAAGAAUUGCAACAUCACUAAUGACAUGGACUUGGUUGAGAAUGUGUGCACGUACGUCAGGAUCACAAGUGUUGAGCAACGUCAGCGGUACCAGGAGGAUUUCAGUGCCGAGUACGAUGAGUACAAAGACCUGCACACCCGAAUCGCCACCAUCACACACAUGUUUGUUCAGCUCGCAUCCAAGCUUAAGAGCAUGUCGCCCGGAACAAAAGAACACAAGGUAAUGGAAGAUCAAAUUUUAGAAAAAUACAACAAGUAUCGAAAGAGGUUUCCAGGUUACCAGGAAGAAAAGAAGCGCUGUGAAUAUCUCCACCAGAAACUGGCAUUCAUCAAGCAGCUCAUCGUGGACUACGACGCCUCUCGGGUGUCCUCGUAGCGUUGGCUCUCCCUCGGAUUCAGUGCAACAAGCGGAUUUCCGUGAACAGCAUCUGUACAAUAGUUAUGGAAAAGUUUGUUAAGAACAGAUUUUUUUUUUCCUCCCCAAAACUGGUCCAAGGAGAGAGACAUUAUACUCUGCAAAAUCAUCUAGGCGCAUCCACCACGACCAUUGGAAGCCAUUUUAAUGGAAACCAGAAGAGCCUAUUCCAACCUAUCAAUCCACAUCAGAGUUGCCUCCUUUGUAAUGUAGCUUGUGCCUCUUUUCUCAUUCUGCCGUAGCAUUGACAUUUUGAUAUUUUCCAUUUUUUUUAGGGUGGCGAUAUACGCUAAAUAUCAUAUUUAUAGUUACACAACCUUCCUUUGUAUGAAUUCAAAUGUUUGAAAGCAGCUCAUUUUCAUUAAGCCCACCCCCGCCCCCUCCAUAAUGCACUUGUGUUUAAAUCAGGGGUUGGGAACCUUUUUCCUAUCAGUUUCUGUAAAGUCCUUGGGAGGCCUUCCAAAAUAAUGAAAACAUGAUGCAAUGAUCAAACAAAUGCUUACUAUAUGUUAUGAGCAUCUUUGGGUUCAAUGUCUUUUUAUAACGGUCCUUGAGGUUUUAAUCGUUUUUAGAAUUGCAUGGCAGGCUGGAACAAAUACUGUCACUGGCACUGGACCACCUAUGAACUCCAGUAUUUAAUGAGCACAACCUUUCACUUCCUCACGUAAUUGGCUAUUGCCUCCGUACAAAGAUGUGGAGCAAAGUAUUUUUCUCUGAACUGCUGAUGUAUUUUAGGACAGCCUUCUUCUGUCCUCUAUUGCAGGCCUGUGUAGAUUAAAGGUCACAUGACAUUAUUAAAGCACUAGGAGAAGGAGCUGAAUAACCUUUUCGCCUUUGUAACUCAAGUGUGCAUUUUCCCAUGUUACCCCCGCCCCCAUGUCAUUGUAUAACGUGGAAUGGGGGGACAAAUUCUGCUUUCGCCUACAUAUGAAAUAAUUUCCCUGUUGUGUUGUAAGCCAUUGUUUGACAAGUAUUUUAUACGUCACACCAGACUGUCAUCUACAAGUGCAUCUCAUAAAUUAGAAUAUUAACAAUUAUAUGGCAUCUCUGCUGCCCUUAAACUCUCUGGUUAUAGCCGAAGCUAGCAAUUUUUCGUCUUUUUUUUUUUUUUUUUCAAUGUUAUUAUCUGUCUGUUACUUUUGGCUCAUCCCUGGAAGGAUCACAUGAGUGAGUCACUUGCAUGAUUUGUUUGGCAUAGUUUUUAUGUCGGAUGACCUUCCACAUCCAACCCUUCCAUUUUAUUUUUUUCUGGCAGUAGCGAGGUAUUGGGGCACUGGCCAGGAAUCAAGCUGUCCGCAUGAAAGGCAGCAGCAUGUACCACUAUGCCAUCAGUGCCUAUGUUGCUGUUCUGUAAACGCAAUUUUACGCCUUCUGAGGUAGUUUCAGAGCUGUAACGUGGCUAUGUGGUGAGAUAUUAGAACUCUCGCUUCUCCUGCCCUGUUGUGUUGAAAGCAAUUGUCGCUGCCCGACAAGCGGCCGCAACUGUACGCUUUCACAUGGUAAUACAGCAUCUAGCGUAGAUACUGUUGUUAGAUGACGUAAUCUCCAUUGUCUGGUCUGACAACAACUCUCAACACAAAAGGCCGCUUCAUUUACAGCUCUACUACUUCCGAAGGCGGGAAAUUCUCGCGCCAACCUCAUCCUGUAACACGGAAUGAACAUUACAUGGGGAAGACAUGGCGGAUUUUCCUGGCAGUGUGAAGGGGGCUCGCCACGGGAGCUCACCUUAUACUAUCCGCUUCUGAGGUUGUUCUCGUUCACGUUUAAAGAACAUUCCACAGUUGAACCAUUGUGACUUUUACAAGACUGCAGAGCAUUAUGGUACUGUGCUUCCCACUUGUGAAUAAUGUCACGGAUUUACUCUUAAGUCCAAACAUUUGAUUCACUUAUUUGCACAGACAAUGACUGAAUGGAUCAAAUAGCAAUGGUUGGUUCAGGGAAUAAUAAAGCCAUAUUGGUAAAUAAAAUAAAA